UAAAAUGGUAAGAGAAGAGGCGGGAUUACUGUGGGCCUGUCACCGAAGGUUAGUUGGAUGAGACGGAACUGCAAUUCAAAUUCCAGCAAAGACACUGUCCUUUGCUUACAAGUCACACAGUGCCACUGGAUUUAAUUGGCUAAGUUUGUGAGUCUUGACUGCAGUUUUCGUCACUAGUGAUCCCUUCUCACGUCUUUCUACUUUUUGGAUAGUUCUGCUAAGAAGAACUUGAGAAAAAAUAACAACGUUCUUGGGAUCACGGAACUGUGGAUUGCCUUGUGUUUAUCAACAUUGUUGGAUGAAAUGGCUUAAAGAAACAUGGUUCUGGUGAAUGGAUGAUUAUAUAAGUAAUUUAUAACACAUACCGGGAUUCAUUAUGGAUAACCUGCCACAAGCUACAGGUGGGGAGGACCCCAAUAAAAACGCUAAAAGAAAAUCGAAUGAAGACGACAGUAAAAACAAACCUAAAUUGAACAUACACAUAAAAACUUUGGCUGAUGAUGUGCGGGACAGAAUCACCAGUUUAAGGAAAUCGGUUCCCAAGCGUGAGAAGCUUCUCAUUCAGCACCCGACAGACCCGCUGACCAUUGCCAACGAGCUGCCCGCCCCGCAGCCCCUCUUCGACGAGCGAUCCAUGAACCUGUCCGAGAAGGAGAUCUUCGACCUCUUUGAGAAGAUGAUGGAAGACAUGAAUCUCAAUGAGGAUCGCAAGAUUCCACUACGUGAGAAAGACUUGAGCAUCAAACGGGAGAUGGUUGUCCAAUACAUCUCUGCAACUGCCAAAUCUAUAACGGGAAGCAAACUUGUGGGAGGCCUGCGGAACAGCAAGCACGAGUCUACGCUGUCAUCACAGGAAUACGUGCACGAGCUACGCUCCGGAAUCACAGACGAGAAGCUCCUCAACUGCCUGGAGUCUCUGAGAGUCUCUUUAACCAGCAACCCUGUAAGCUGGGUUAAUAACUUCGGACAUGAAGGCCUGGGGCUGCUGCUGGAUGCUCUGGAGAAGCUGCUGGACAAAAAACAGCAAGAAGGAAUUGACAAACGGAAUCAGCACAAGCUUAUCCAGUGUCUCAAGGCGUUCAUGAACAACAAGUAUGGCUUGCAAAGAAUACUGGGAGACGAGAGAAGUCUUUUACUUCUGGCCAGAGCUAUUGACCCGAAACAAACCAACAUGAUGACAGAAAUAGUGAAAAUACUUUCUGCCAUUUGCAUUGUUGGAGAGGAAAACAUACUAGAUAAGAUCCUGGCAGCCAUGACGAUUUCAGCUGAGCGCAAUAAUAAAGAACGCUUCGCUCCUGUUGUGGAGGGGUUGGACAACCAUGAAGCGCCACAGUUACAGGUGGCAUGCAUGCAGUUAAUCAACGCCCUGCUCACCUUUCCAGAGGAUCUGGACUUCAGGAUACACCUUCGGAAUGAGUUCCUACGCUGCGGGCUGAAGAAAAUCCUCCCCGAGCUGAAAGAGACGGAGGAACUUGAUAUCCAGUUGAAGGUGUUCAAUGAAAACAAGGAGGACGAUUUAAUUGAAUUAAAUCACCGGCUUGAAGACAUCCGAGCUGAAAUGGAUGAUAUGAACGAGGUCUACCAUUUGCUGUCCAACAUGGUGAAAGAUACGGGGGCAGAGAAUUACCUCCUCUCCAUGCUGCAGCAUCUCCUCCUCAUCAGGAAUGAUUAUUACAUCAGGCCGCAGUACUACAAGGUGAUUGAAGAAUGUGUUUCCCAGGUGGUGCUGCACCGCAGUGGCAUGGACCCUGACUUUGCAUACAGAGGGAGGCUGGACAUUGACCUCACUCACCUUGUUGAUAUGUGUGUGGAUAAAGCAAAAGUGGAAGCAAGUGAACAAAAGGCGUCCGAUUUUUCCAAAAAGUUUGAUGAAGAGUUCACAGCUCGACAGGAGGCGCAGGCUGAGCUCCAGAAACGAGAGGAGCAAAUCAAAGAGCUGGAAGCAAAGAUCCAGACACUGCAGGCUCAGCUAGCUAUUGAGAGAAGCAGACAAAAAGAGGCGCCAAAGAAUACCUGUGAAACAGAUGGUGGACAGGUUACCAGUGCUGUGGCAGGAAUCCCACCCCCUCCCCCACCUUCAGGAGGUGCCCCCCCUCCCCCACCUCCUCCACCUCCACCUCCUCCAGGGGGCUGUCCACCUCCUCCUCCCCCUCCCCCUCUCCACUGCGGGAUUCCCCCUCCACCGCCACCCCCAGGGGGUCCAGGGGCACCACCACCUCCACCCAUGUUCGGAGGUCCCCCACUACCUGCUGUUAUCAAACUGCCUUAUGGUCUGAAGCCUAAGAAGGUGUACAAGCCUGAAGCUGCCAUGAAGAGAGCUAACUGGUCCAAGAUUGUGCCUCAGGAAAUGACAGAAAACUGUUUCUGGAUUAAAGUCAAAGAAGAGAAGUUUGAGAGCCCUGAUCUUUUCACUAAGAUGGCCCUCCUAUUUGCCACCAAGACAACAGUGAAAAAGGAUUUGGAUGAGCCAGAUGACUCCAGGGCUCCACAGAUAAAGAAAAAAGUGAAGGAACUACGCAUUCUGGACCCCAAAACAGCCCAAAACCUGUCUAUCUUUCUGGGUUCAUUUCGCUUGCCUUAUGAAGAGAUCAGAGACAUCAUUCUGGAGGUGGAUGAGGAGAGGCUGAGUGAAGCGCUGAUCCAGAACCUGAUAAAGAACCUUCCAGAACAGAAAGAACUGACUGCUUUAGCAGAGCUGAAAGAUGAGUACGAGGAGCUGUGUGAACCAGAACAGUUUGGCAUUGUGAUGAGCUCGGUGAAGCUGCUGCGGCCCCGGCUCAACGGGAUCCAGUUCAAGCUGACGUUCGAGGAGCAGGUCAACAACAUCCGGCCUGACAUCAUGAACGUGACCUUCGCAUGCGAGGAGGUCAAGAAGAGCGAGAACUUCAUGAGGCUGCUGGAGCUGGUGCUGUUGGUGGGGAACUUCAUGAACUCUGGCUCCCGCAAUGCACAGACAUUUGGCUUCAACAUCAGCUUCCUCUGCAAGCUUCGAGACACCAAGUCGGCUGACCAGAAGACGACCCUGCUGCACUUUCUGGCUGAUAUGUGCGAGGAGAAACAUUCAGACAUUCUGAAGUUUACUGAUGAGCUGACACACGUGGAGAGUGCCAGUAAAGUGUCUGCCCAGAUCCUGAAGGCCAGUCUCGACACCAUGGAGAGACAGAUCCAGCGCCUGGAGAAUGACAUCAAAAACUUCCCCAAGAAUGACGACGAUCCUGAUAAGUUUGUUCAAAAGAUGACUGGCUUCUCCAAGAAUUCGCGGGAGCAGUUUGAGAAGCUCUCCACCAUGCACAAGAAUAUGCAGAAGCUCUACGAGAGCCUGGGCAGCUACUUCGUCUUCGACCCACAGGUCGUCAGUGUCGAGGACUUCUUUGGGGACCUCAGCAGCUUCCGCUCCCUCUUCCUGGAAGCUGUGAAGGAGAACAACAAGAAGAGAGAGAUGGAGGAAAAGAUCAAGAGAGCCAAGCUGGCGAAAGAGAAAGCUGAGAGAGAGAAGCAGGAGAGACAGCAGAAGAAGAAGCAGCUGAUUGAUAUGAACAAAGAAGGAGACGAGACUGGUGUGAUGGACAGUCUGAUGGAGGCGCUGCAGUCAGGGGCUGCGUUCCGCGACCGGAGAAAACGAACGCCUCGAAAUGGUGAGCAAAACCCACCCAGCCCGACAUCGCGAUGGCCAUUUGCUAAUAAGGAUAACCGACGAGUAGUUUUGGAAAGGUCACGUUCACGUCACAAUGGAAACCCCUCUGCUGUAUGACCUUCCCCGCCUCCCCUCAACAAAGUGCCAAAGAGACAGUGCUGGGAUGUGAAGAGCUUUGAAUCAACAUCAUCAUCAUCAUCAUCAUAAAAAAGAACAAGUGAACUAAAUAGUUAUGAGCUUGAAAGAGGACCUGUAGAAAGCCAAAGGAGAAUCAGGAAAAUGGAAUGCAAUGUCUGUGGUCAUACUGAUGGACACAUAUCCUGAGCCUUACAUAUGGACUGUGUUUCUUUUCUUUUUUUUUAAUUGAAUGCAUUAAGAGUGGUGUGUCUGGCUACUCCUGGCUUACUUGGUGGUGUAGAUGCACAGAGAUGCUUUCUAUGCCAAGCGGCUGUAAGUCUGCAUGGCUUGUUGUGCCUGCUCAUCUAUAGGAUCUAGAAGGUCAAGCAGCUUGCUCUGGUACCCUUUUUCAUUUAUUUCCAAGUUCAAAUUAUCUUUGAAUUUUAGCACUGUGUCAAGGUUAGGGCAACCUAGCCCUCCCUGCACUCCCUGUAAUUUAGAGGCACAUCGUGUAUUCUAGAUAAUGCUAUCUUAAAAAAAAAAAAGAAGAAGUUUGUUCAUUAUUUUAGUUUAAAUUGUUAAACGGAACAAUUUUAUAGAAAGCUGAUUUUCAACGUAAAUCGGGACGGUUUGACACACAUUAGCCUGACAUACAAAGACACUGUCUAUAGCUGUUUGCUACACUGACCAAUACUGUAAUGUACGGGUAUGUCCAGUGCUGUGUUUUGUAGUCUGGCUUUAUCUCAUUUAGCCAAUGGUAAAAUGACUGUUCUGAGAUGGAAUGGAUGAAAGCCAUGGUGAAAAUGAAAGAUGAGUUUGAGAAUGAGAGUAACAAGUAGCAUUGGACAAUAUUGCAUACAGAUAUUUCAGAAGUGUUGUUAAGGUUUAUUCUUGCAAGAUGAACAAUGUAUAAAGAUACUGCACACAAAAAAAAAUAAUAAUAAGGGCUUUAGAAUUUAGCUUUACAUUUCACACAGUUGAAUAGAAUUAUGUCAGCUUCAGGGUCUUAAUCCUAGGUUCAGGAACCUGCACAGUCUCUACUAAAUUAAAGUAUUUACUGGUGUUUAGUUUUUUAACAGCCCCAAGCAGUUCAAACUCCUUUGAAUGUGCACAGUGGGCAGAUCCACAGCCAGGCACUUCGUUCCGAGUCUAAAAGCAGUAUAACUACAGGAAUUUUCAAACAACAUGGCGCCUGUCUUUAGAAGGAAUCAUUAACAACCCCCUACACAGAAUUUCAUCUUCCCUUUGGGCGAAAGCAACCAGCUACCAGCGUUAAGCAAUUCACAACAUUAUUAUUAUCAUGAAGCCUCCGGCAACAUAAAUCACGCUUUAAAAGUAAUCAAAACAGAUGCUUUGCAAAAAGAAAUCUCUCUCUCUCUCUCUCUCUCUCUCUCUCUCUCUCUCUCUCUCUCUCUCUCUCUCUCUCUCUCUCUCUCUCUCUCUCUCUCUCUCUCUCUCUCUCUCUCUCUCUCUCUCUCUCUCUCUCUCUCUCUCUCUCUCUCUCUCUCUUAUUUGUGAGCAGAUAACACACAUUGUUAAUGUUCACACACAUUGCUAAUAAUGCAAGCAUUAUUUCAUUCUUGUAUAUUGUAAGCUCUUAAAUAAGGAAAACCAUAUCCCUUCUUUUAACAUAUAAAUGACACAUUCAUUAUGUACUGAAACGUACCAGACAAACAUAAAUGAACUACCAUAGCAGUUGUGCAUGCACAUACAUUUUACAACAUGUGCAGCGCCCACAUGCAACACUAUCCAAUUCAUUUAUUGUACCCCUCCACCCCCUCACCACGCACACAUUUCAAUUACACAUGAAAACACAAUUUGGCAUGAUGGUGCGCUUCUGUUUUUUUUGGCCUUCCUAUAAGAGGUCCAUGUGGUAGAAGGUCUCAUCUGUAUAAGAUGAACUAUGCCUCCCUAUGGAAGCAUGCCAAGAGCUUGUAAAAGAGCAAUUAGGAAACCAAACAUUCGCAGAGAGCCGCAGUCAUGUUUCCAGUAACUAACUAGACAAAACACUCAGGCAAGUACCUAUAUACAAAUACAUACAAGUGUUUACUUGGAUAACAAGUACAGAAGUGAUGGGGUUGUAAAACAAAUGCAUUCUGAAGUACAACAAUGAAUGACCAGGUUUGUAAAUGACAUCUGGCUGGAUUAUUAAUGUCUAAUACUGAAGCUGGCUUUUUACAUUGACGAAGCAGUGACUGGAAAUCACAAAAAAUAAUCUUCACGCUCACUGAAAAUUAUUAAUGUUCCUCAAUUGCAUUGAACCAGUCAUGACUCCAGGCAAAUGAGUGCAUUUUAAAGAGCAGCUUUUGAUUGUUUCACUCAAUCCCCGCCUCCCUCUGAUCAGUAGCCCUGAAGGACUGAUACUGUAGCUGUUCACAAUAUCUCUUUUGUAGAAACUCUUGGGCAAUUAGAUACAUCUAUUGCAAAGUUGUUUUAUUUUUUAUUUAUGCACUUGUAUAUAUUCUACUUAUUAUUAUAUGGUCAGAACAUAUUCCAUGUGGGGAGUUGGGCAGAGAAAACUUUUUAUCACACUGACAUAGGCCACAGAACGUUUUUCCAUUUUGUUUAAAAAAAAGUUUUCCCUUUUGUUCAAACAUAUAAUGUGCUACUGAACUGGGAAAAAAAACAUUAACAAAGGUUAGAUAAUGGGUAUAGAUACAUAAAUGCACUUGCUUGAAAGCAAAACUACGCUUAUACUCAGAUUUUAGAACCAUCCUUGAUGGUUUGCAUGUGCAAAAAUAUAUUUGGAUUCGACUGUCAAUAAAAACACUCUUAAAAAAAAGAAACGUCAAUCAGAUAAAAAAAAAAAAAACCUUAAAGUUGUGUUGCAAUUAUCAUAAAAGAUUGUUCUAAUUAGAGAGACUGAAGCUUUAAAUAUCGAUAAGUUAUUCUUUAUUUUUUCCCUUAGUACAUUUGGGUUAAUUAACACAUUACUGUAUUCUUUGAAAAUACAUUUAAAAAAAGGAAAUGAUGUUAUUAUAUAGUAAGUGAUUUACUACAGAUGCAUUUAUAUAAAUUCUCCCAGUGCUGUAGGCAAGGGUAUACACCCUUUGAAACAAGUGUGUUCUUUUGUUAUGAACUAUACUCAGGCACAGUCACGCGGAAUGGAAUAUUGCUAGUAGCUUUGACUUGUUUUCUGAAAAUGAAAAAUGUCAGUUACAAAUGGUCUAAAGACUGGUAUUUGCUUCACAAGUAAAUCUGUUUAUCAACAAAUUGCAAAACAAGUCAUUAUGCUGACUAUUAAAAAAUGUUAAAAUCAUAGUAAGUAGUUAUAUAGUUGAGCCUGAUAUUGCUGCGUAAGAUACAAGCUGAUUUGUCCCCUCUCAAGGUCAGAAUGACCCGUGCAGUAAACCAGUAGCUCUUGUGGAGUGGGUUUCAGCUUAUGUUGUACAUUUACCAGUCUAUAUCUAACAUGCAUUACUAGUUUGAAAGGCUGUACACAGCCCUGCCUAUAUUUUGGGUUUUAUGAUGUCACUGUAAUACAUUAUAUUGUUUUAAAAGCACUUCAUAUUUGUAACAUCUUUUAAUUGUAUUUGUAUUGGUUACACUUUGAGAGAAAGGUAUGAGCACUGUUCUUUAGCAGAAUAUUGUUAAAUUAUCUAAAUAACCACUUUGUUAUAUAUAAGCCUGAAAAAGUGUCUUUUAUUUUUAUUUGUGAAUAUUUAGUUACACAUGUACUAAACAACUGAGCGUGCUCUCUCAGAAUAAAAAAAAUAAAUAAAUCACACGGCAACUUGAAGAACCAAGCGAUUGUAUACGUGUUGACUAUAGAAAUAAUGCAAUGCCUUCAUGCUAAUGUGCUGUCAUUAGAAUUAUUGUGUAACUAUAUUUGAAUACACCUUUUAGAAAAACAAA